GCACCACAUUUAAAAGCCCCUUGGAAGUCUUUGCAAAGAUCGAGGACUGCUAUGGGCUGGGCUCUGGGCAGAACCACUUCAUCAAGGAUAGUCAGUGGGAACAGCAAGCAGCCAUCUUCAAUGCUUCAUACAAGAAGUACCUGGAUGGGGAGUUGGAGGGAGAACCACUGAGUAUGGCCACGUUCCAUUUUCUCCUUCCUAGCUGCAUAUUUGCAAUGCCAGCGGAAGUCAAGAGCCCUUCAGGGGCAGCCUGUAUCCUUGGCAUACACUGGACCAGAAGUCAUAAUUUCUUCCUCUAUUCACUUAACCGAACUCUAAAGGAUAAAGUUGAUCCUGAAGGUGUGUGGCCAUGUGCGGCACCCAUUGUAGCCUCUGCUCUCAGCUUCUCCUGCUCCUACCUGGUGCUGGCCUGCGAGGAUGGUGUGCUCACACUGUGGGACAUGGCUGUAGGAUUCCCUCUUGGGGUCGUUGCUCUUCCUGAGGGAUGUUUCUGCCAAAGCAUUUACUUCCUAGACUACUUCUUAGUCUACAAAGGGCAGAACAUGUAUCCUGGAGUCCCAGUGAAAUCCAGAAUGAAAUGUGUGGUGCUGGGUACAGAUGCCUCUCUCCAUCUGGUGACAGCCAAAGGGACCCAAGGACCCACCAUCAGUGUGCUUGUUGAGAGGCCUGUCAAGUACCCGAAUGAAACCAUCUGUGCGGUGGCCCCGGUCCCAACCUUACCUGGCAUGGGUUCAGAAGCUGGCAACGAGCUCGACGAGAGAGCAGGAGCACUGGACCCGGCUUCAGAGGUACUCCUCGAUCCUUCAGAGAGAGAACUUUAUGAAAUGAACAUCCUGAGCCUGCUUCUCACUGGCCUGAAUGUGGUCAUGGUCCUGAAGGACUAUGUGUUGAUGGUCCAGGCCUACAGCAUGCACUCAGAUUGGAAGGUCAUGCCGCUGAAACUUAGGGGCUGA